GCCUUCAUUGCUUUAGACUUUACUACUAUCAGUAAGAAAAUGGAACUGUCCAGGCUCAGACGUGUUGUUGUGUACCUGUUGGUGUAUAUUAAUUUAAGAACAGUAUGUGGUCAGGGAUAUUCGAUUCCAGAUGUGACGAUACAAGCUUUAAAACCGAAAGGAAUAAGAAUAUCAAUACCCUCAAAUCCAAAACUUAGCAUGUUUGUAUUCCAAGGGAAUAUAAAUAAAAAAAUUGGUGAAAACGACGUCGGAACGAUUACCGCUGAAGUAACUAAUCCUACAGAUGGAAGAUGGUCUUACGAAGAUCUCAACAAACAGCUUAAUGUUGGAGAUAUCAUUUAUUAUUAUGUCUACGUUGUUCACGAUAGAAAAGGAUAUAUUAAGGACAAUUUGUCCUUCACCGUUAUGGCAUUAGAAAAUCUUUCGAGUGAUUCAGACGCUGAAUGCUUACCAACCUCGACUUUGGUGAGGAAUGGACAAGCAUGCGCUGGUCAGAUUAUAUUUGAAGACAAUUUCGAUAGCCUUCGAGAAGACUUGUGGCAGGUUGAGCAAUAUAUACCUGAUGAACCAGAUUACCCCUUCAUUUCCUACCAGCGUCCACCAAACGUUGCGACGAUUUCAAUAAAUGGGGGAUAUUUGUAUAUUCAGCCGAAGCUCCUACAGGAUCUACCAGGGUUUUCUAAUUCGUCACUGUAUACUGAUACUCUGGAUUUGUUUAGUGGAUGUACAGCCGCUUCGACAAAAUGCCUCGUUGAAGCUUGGGGUGCUAGUAUCUUACCACCGGUGGUUAGUGGUCGUCUCACUUUAAAAUCAUUUUCAUUCACAUACGGCGUUUUGGAAGUCAGAGCGAAACUACCACAAGGAGAUUGGCUCUAUCCAGAUAUCUUAUUGGAAUCACUGAUGAAAAAGUAUGGCGUACCGAACUACGCGUCAGGAGUUCUUAGGAUAGCUGGGGCACGAGGCAACCCACAGUUGUCUUUUGUUAAUAAUGAAGUUGGAAAUAAGCUCCUCUAUGGAGGACCCAUGUUGAAUACACAAUGCCGCAAUACUCUGCUGAGUGAGAAAUUUUCAAAUAAACCCUGGUCCGAUGACUUCCAUGUUUAUUCAGCGAGAUGGGAACCAGAAAGGAUAACAUUGUCUGUGGAUGGCGAAGAGUGGGCUAGAAUAGAACCAGCCGCCAGCGGACUUCAAGGUCGUUUUGCUCGAACUUGUGACCUGCCACGGACUCUACUCUCGAGGGGUUCAAAUAUGGCACCAUUCGAUGACCACUUCUUCAUAACACUGGGCGUAGCAGCUGGAGGUAUCACAGAAUUUAGGGACGAUCUGACAUCAGCGGGAAGACCAAAACCCUGGCGGAACAGUGGUCGGAAAGCCAGUCUUCGUUUCUGGCAGGACAUGUCCUCCUGGUAUCCCACAUGGAGACAACCUGCCUUAAUCGUUGAUUAUGUUAAAGUUCGAGCUCUUUGAUCUAGUCGUGUGAAGCAUAUAUGUCAUAAAUAAUAACAUAACAUGAACAAUGUUAUAGUAUAGUAUAAUAGUGUAGUGAGUAUUAUGUAUGUGUCAUUAAUUUAAAUAUAUGUUUUUUUUU